UCUUGAUUACUGCUGUCAUUGUCAGUAACAUCAAUUUGACAGAGAAAAAAAAACCAUCUCAAUUCGGAACGUAAUUUUCGUUUUCGGUGAUUGUUACGUAAAAAUCAACAUGUUUCAAGUAAUAAGCCGCGCGGCGGUUCUAUCAAGGACUCCGCUGGCUAGGUCCUUGCCUGCAUUCUCAACAACAACAUCGUCCCUUAAAGAGCGUGAUCCUACGGGUCGCGUGGAGGCUCCUAUGAUUGAUAACGAAGUCGCUCUUUCAUCACCAGAAGAGAUCAAACAGAAAGCAGUUUUGGAAUCGACCAUUAAGGUCCCAGUCAAGGUAGACCUAACUCCUGUGAAUGGUGUGCCAGAGGAGCACAUUGUUACCCGUCGUGUGCGCAUCUACCAGCCUCCCAAGAAUGCCAUGCAGAGCGGCACAAACAACAUCCAUCACUGGGAGAUGGAAUUUGAUAACCGCCAACGCUGGGAGAACCCCCUGAUGGGCUGGACAUCUACUGGGGACCCGCUCUCCAACAUGAAAGUUGCAUUCAAAUCCCCGGAUGAGGCAAUUGCUCACUGCGAGAAGAAUGGGUGGCACUGGUACCUCGAUGUUCCCAAGAUUCAGAAACCAGUCAGGCCCAAGAACUAUGGAGUUAAUUUCGCAUGGAACCGCCGUACCAGGGUGUCUACGAAGUAAACAUGUUAGUACAAUUGAACAUUCUACUGAAAUUUUACAUAGUCAUUUAUUAGUAAAAGUUUAUUUAAUAUAAUGAUUUGAAGUACCAUUAAUUUUUUCAUUUUAGCUCAGAAAUAAAUGGUUAUUUAUGUAUUUUCAUGGCUACAUCUAAAUAAAUAGUUGCUGUUGA